AUGAAAAAUGAUCCAUCCUUUUACUAUGACAAUGUGAUUGAGAACGCCAAAGUUGAUGGAAGUCGACGAAAGCCAACAGGUGCAUCAUCUGUCGCUACAAGGAAAACUGACACAAAUGCUUCAAGGCCCAUGGACAAGACGGAACACACACAACUGUGUCCCUUACAUGAGACUGGCCAUUCACUGAACUCUUGUCGUGCCUUCCAGAAGAAAACUGUUCAAGAGAGAAGAGAAUUCCUUCGAUCAAAGGGAAUUUGUUUUAAAUGCUGUGAAGAGAAACAUCUUGCCAAAGACUGUCAGAAAAGAAUGAAGUGUAACAUCUGCAAAGAGCCAGGACAUGCCACUGCCCUGCAUGUCGAGAAACGCGCAAGCGACAAUGAAACUGAUAGCCAGGUAAAGGCCGUAUGUACACAUAUUUGCGGAAACGUGCAUAAAACUAGCAAAUCCUGUGCUAAGACACUCUUGGUCAACAUUCACCACGCAAACAACCCAAACAAGGUGCUACGAACGUAUGCGAUAAUUGACGAACAGAGCAAUCGAUCUUUAGCAAACAGUUGUUUCUUCAACUUCUUUGGCGUGGAAGGUCCGGACGUCCAUUACGAGCUUACCUCAUGUUCGGGGCUGUCUACCCAAUCUGGAAGGAGAUCGGCAGGAUUCAUUAUCUCAUCUUUGGACGGAAAAUCUAGUCUUCGUCUUCCAUCAUUGAUGGAAUGCAACUAUAUCCCAAACAACCGUGAUGAGAUUCCGACACCAGAGGUCGCAACGUCUUACAGACACAUGAGGGACAUUGAGGAGGAAAUACCCCCCUUAGAUCAGGACGCAGAGAUAACAUUGCUGGUUGGCAGAGAUUUGUUGCCUGCCCACCACAUUUUAGACCAAAGACUGGGAGACUCCGACUCUCCAUUUGCUCAAAGACUACACCUAGGGUGGGUAGUGAUUGGUGAGGAAUGCUAUGGGGCCUCACAUUCUCAGGAAUCCUUGUCAGUGUGCAAGACAUAUACUAGGACCAAUGGACGUACGUCUCUCAUGGAAAUUUGCGAAAAUUCAUUCCAAUUGAAGGAAACAGACGUAUUUGCUAAGACAAAGCAUGACGACUCACCAGGCCUCUCCAUAGAGGAUAAGAAGUUCGUUGACAUCAUGGAGCAAGGUUUUGAAAGAGAUUCUGAAGGAUUUUACCACCCCAAGAAAGGAAGCGUCAGAUGCGUGUUUGAUUCAUCGGCACAGAUUCAAGGACUCAGUCUCAACAGCAUUCUCUUGACCGGACAAGACUUGGUUAAUAGUCUACUUGGAAUCCUGUUAAGGUUUCGCCAGUUCCAGGUAGCAGUGACAGCAGACGUAGAACAGAUGUUUUACCGUUUUUCUGUUCCAGCAUGUCACAGAAACUACUUACGAUUCUUUUGGCACAAAGACAACGAUACAGAGAAAGAACUUACAGAGUACAGGAUGAAGAGACAUGUCUUUGGUAAUAGUGCAUCCCCAGCGGUAGCCACCUUGGGACUACGCAGAACUGUAAGAAACGCCGAUGAAGAUGUCAGGCAAUUUGUGUGCAGAAACUUUUAUGUUGACGAUGGGCUUUUAUCUGUAGAUACAGUCGAAGAAGCGGUCAACUUACUCUCAAAAACACAGAAACCUCUUAAGGAGGAAGGGAACAUCAGGCUGCAUAAACUUGCCUCCAAUGACCCAAAGGUAUGCAGUGCAUUUCCAACGGAUGACCUAGCCAAAGAACUCAAGAAUCUGAACCUAGAUUUAGAUGAAACCCCCCUUCAACGGACCCUUGGUGUGAGCUGGAAUGUGUCCACAGACAUGUUUACAUUCCAAGUGUCGCGUACUCUUCAUCCGUAUACAAAAAGGGGAGUACUUGCAACUAUUAAUAGCCUUUAUGACCCAAUUGGAUUCCUUGCACCUGUUAUAGUCAAAGGAAAAAUGAUACUACGGGACUUGAUGGCUGAGAAAUUGGACUGGGAUGACCCUCUCCCUAAGGAUCAGUACUCUCUAUGGUGUGAGUGGCGAGAGUCAUUGCCAGCGUUAGAGGAUAUAGCAAUACCAAGGGCUUAUGCGUACAUCAAUAGUGCAGAAGUCUCACGCAGAGAACUACACAUAUUUGCCGAUGCAUCACAAAAGGCAAUUGAUGUUGAAAUAGCUGCCACGACCCUGUAUUCAGAUAGCAAGGUAGUACCUGGGUAUAUCAACAACGAAAGCAGACGAUUCUACAUAUAUGUGGGAAAUAGAGUAGAGAAAAUACGUCAGGCGACAUCUUGUCAUGAGUGGAAAUAUUGUCCUACAGAUCAGAACCCCGCUGACAUUGCCACCAGGUCAAUCAAACCUCAGGACCUUCAAGAAAGCAGAUGGUUAUGUGGACCCCAUUUCCUUAGGAACACAAAAGAUGAAAGGUAUAUUCCCAGUGAAUCAGGAAAUCCCACUGACAGAUUCCCAUUGGUUGAGGUGGAACAAGAUAAGGAGGUGAGACCUAUUGUGAAGACCUUGCAUACCGCUUGUAAGGAUGAAGUAUACCACCCCUGGUGUGAGCGAUUUAAGAAUUUCUCCUCUUGGAUCGGACUGGUCAGAGCUAUUGCGCGACUGCAGCACCUUGCUCAGUCCUUUAACAAGUCUAGUAGCUGCGUGGGUUGGCACUAUUGUUCAGUCCCAAAGAGUGCUGAAGCUUACAAAAGAGCAGAAGAAUUCAUUAUCAAGGCAGCCCAAAGAGAAUUCUUUUUGGAGGAAGUUGAGAGCCUUAUGGAGGGGAGAGAAAUUAAGAAAGAAAACGCUAUCUUGGCCUUGUCACCGUUUUUAGACUCCCGAGGACUUCUCCGAGUUGGAGGAAAAUUGAAGCGUGGAACCAAAUCACUUCGACAGAUUGAAACUUGCCCUAUUUUGAUACCGAAAGGAAGUCAUUUAGCAAACUUAUUAGCUCUACAUUGUCAUGAACAGGUCUUUCAUCAAGGUCGACGCCUCACUGGAGGGAAACUUCACAGCAUGGGAUUCUGGAUUGUAGGAGAGAAAAGGUUAAUCAACAGUCUUCUGGGGAAAUGUGUCAUCUGCAAGAGACUGCGUGGUACAUUCUGCUCUCCUAAAAUGGCCGAACUUCCUGAAGACCGUUUAAGUCCUGGACCCCCUUUUACCUACGUCGGAGUAGAUGUAUUCGGCCCUUGGAGCAUAACCGCACGCAAAACCAGAGGAAGUCAUGUAACGCAGAAAAGAUGGGCUGUACUUUUCACGUGCUUAACCAGCAGGGCGGUCCACAUUGAAAUCUCGGAGGAACUCAGCACCUCAAGUUUUAUCAAUGCAAUGAGGCGCUUGAUCGCCAUUCGAGGACCAGUCAAGAUCUUCAGAUCAGAUCGUGGCACCAAUUUUAUCGGUGGAGUCAAAGAGUUGGGCAUGAAGAAUGUUGUGACCGAAGAUACCUCCAUCAAGAACUUCUCAGCGGAAAACGGCUGUGUUUGGAUUUUCAACCCACCACAUGCUUCCCAUUUCGGAGGCGUGUGGGAGCGGAUGAUCGGAAUCGCGCGAAGGAUUUUAGAUGGGAUCUUGCUGAGCAAAAAGUACAUCAAAGAUCUUACUCAUGAAGUGCUUGUUACCCUCAUGGCCGAACUCAGCGCUGUCAUGAACUCCAGACCAAUUGCUGCAAUAUCCACAGAUCCUGAUGACCCAUCCAUAUUAGCGCCAUCCAGUCUUUUGACCCAAAAGUUGGAACACCACCAGAUGACAUUCCUCAGUUUGGUAUCAAAGACAUAUACAAGUCACAGUGGCAGAGAGUCCAGGUGA